AUGUUUGAUCUACCAAAUGCUAAGCGCGUCCGUCGCGAUGAGAUGCGUUCUCCAGAGUCAUCCCGCUCGCCAUCACCAGCACCAGAUGAUGCCGCUGCCCAGGAUGCAUACGCCCGCCUAGGACAGCUGCUUAAUCUCGACCAAUUGGAUACUGCACAGGAUACAACUAGCCAAGACAAUCAGCCUGCGGAGAACGAGGAUGAGGAACAAGAAUUCGAGUUCCGGCUAUUCAGAGCCCCCGCCAAAUCAACGGAAGAUACCACCAAGCAGCCAGGAAAGCAGACAGAUGAGACAAGCACAGAGGAAAAGGCAGCGCCCAUUACUCAAAAAUUGAGGAUUCGGCUGCAUUCACCUACACCGGGAUCUGGCGCUGGCACCGAGGGACGAUUUGUGAAAGCCUCGCGCGGGUGGGAUUAUUACUUCUCUACACCUUCUCUGCAGGGCAGGAGCGGAGAACCCACCGCCGAAGACGAGAGCCGGAUAACGGAAAAGAAGAAACAAUUUGAGGACAUGGCCGUUAGCGGACAGCACGUGCUGACAUGGGCCAACUCGCUAGUCUGGCCUGGCUGCCAUCUUCCCUGGCGAGUCAUCCAUCUCAAGAGACAUCAGACCAAAAUGCCACGGCCAGCCAACAGUCUUCCCGUCUACGUGGUAGAAGGCGUACCAGUCUCGAAGAGUCCACUUACACGCAAGAAGCCAGGCAAGAAACGACGAGUGCAGCUGCGCAAGCGGGUUGCGGCCGCACAGGCUGCUAAGGAAAAUGAAGCAGAGAAGCGGACUCGGAAGAAUCGCGAUAGGAAACUCAAGCGCAGACAAAAGGCGAGAGAGCAGAAGGCUGCGGCGGCGGGUGUCAGCGUUGAAGAUGUCGUGAUGGCUGGUGAUGAUGAUCAUUCCUCGGGUGGAGAAGAAUGA